AUGGCGACGGGCCGUGAGGGAAGCGCGUUGCCGCCCCCCGCGGCUGAGGCGGAUUCGGACGGAUCGCCGCUAACAGCCGGCGAAGAGCGACGAGCCGAGGAGCGGCGGCCCGCGGAGAUUGCAGGGAGCCGUGCACCGCCCGCCAUCCGCGCAGCCGGCGAUGCUCGCCUGUUGAGGUCAUGCUUCGACGGUCUUGCGCGCGACCUCGACCACGCUCUUCGCACGGCCGCGUCGCCGUCGGAGGAGCACGACGCCAUCGCCUCCUGUCUGCUCGUCGCAAACGCGCUGUGCGACUGGCCGGAUAGCGACGCGGCGCGGCCGCGAGAGGCGUUCGGCUUCCGCGUGCUGCGCAGCAUGCCGUGCGACGCCGAGUCGCUUCGCCUGCGAGGCAAGCCCUGGGGUGCAGGUGCUGAGCGGGAGGUGUGCGGCGAGAGGCGGGCGAGGUGGGGGCAGCAGAUGACUGCUGCGGUAUGCUGA